AUGACGGGGGAUUCUGGACCCCAGGAUGAACACCUCAACAACUUCUGCCGACUGCUAGGUGUGGAACACAGUCAGAUGGAGCACUGGCUGUGCCAUCGCAAGCUCAUCACCACCUCGGAGACCUAUGUCAAGACCAUGUCCCUGCAGCAGGUGGUCAACGCACGCAAUGCCCUGGCCAAGCACAUCUACGCCCAGCUCUUCAGCUGGAUUGUGGAGCACAUCAACAAAGCCCUGCACACCUCCCUCAAGCAGCACUCCUUCAUCGGGGUCCUGGACAUCUACGGGUUUGAGACAUUUGAGGUAAACAGCUUUGAGCAGUUUUGUAUCAACUAUGCAAAUGAAAAACUCCAGCAGCAGUUCAACUCGCAUGUGUUCAAACUGGAGCAAGAAGAGUACAUGAAGGAGCAGAUCCCUUGGACCUUGAUUGAUUUUUAUGAUAACCAACCUUGCAUCGACCUCAUAGAGGCUAAGCUGGGUAUCUUGGACCUGCUGGAUGAAGAAUGUAAGGUCCCCAAAGGAACUGACCAGAACUGGGCUCAGAAGCUCUAUGACCGGCAUUCCAGCAGCCAGCACUUCCAGAAGCCCCGCAUGUCCAACACGGCCUUCAUCGUCAUCCACUUUGCAGAUAAGGUGGAGUACCUUUCAGAUGGUUUUCUGGAAAAAAACAGAGACACAGUGUAUGAAGAGCAGAUCAACAUCCUGAAGGCCAGCAAGUUCCCACUAGUGGCUGACUUGUUUCAUGAUGACAAGGACUCUGUUUCUACCACCUCCGCAUCUGGGAAGGGAUCAUCUUCAAAGAUCAACAUUCGUUCUGCCAGACCCACCAUGAAAGCCUCCAACAAGGAACACAAGAAAACCGUGGGCCACCAGUUCCGCACCUCCUUGCGUCUGCUCAUGGAGACCCUGAAUGCCACGACGCCACACUACGUCCGCUGCAUCAAGCCCAACGACGAGAAGCUCCCCUUCCGGGCCCAGGAAAGAAGAGCUGUGGAGCAGCCCAGAGCCUGUGCAGUAGUUCAGACGUGUCACCUGAUGCACCUCUGCUUUCCCUUCAGGUGGGCCUACCAUGACUUCUUCAACCGGUAUCGGGUGCUGAUCAAGAAGAGAGAGCUUGCCAACACAGACAGAAAGGCCAUCUGCAAGUCUGUCCUGGAGAGGCUCAUCAAGGAUCCCGACAAGUUCCAGUUUGGCCGUACCAAGAUCUUCUUCCGGGCAGGCCAGGUGGCCUACCUGGAGAAGCUGAGGGCUGACAAGUUCCGAGAAGCCACCAUCAUGAUCCAGAAGACUGUCCGGGGCUGGCUGCAGAAGGUGAAAUACCGCAGGUUGAAGCAGGCUACCUUGACCUUGCAGAGGUACUGCCGAGGGUACCUGGCCCGCAGGCUGGCUGAGCAUCUGCGGAGGACCAGGGCAGCUGUGGUGCUCCAGAAACAGUAUCGCAUGCGGAGAGCCUGCCUGGCCUACCAGAGGGUCCGCAGGGCUGCCGUCGUCAUCCAGGCUUUUGCUCGGGGGAUGUUUGUGCGGAGAAUCUACCGCCAGGUCCUCAUGGAGCACAAGGCCACCUUCAUCCAGAAGCAUGUACGAGGUUGGCUGGCGCACAGGCGUUUCCGGCAGAUGCAGGCUGCAGCCAUCGUCAUCCAGUGUGCCUUCCGGAGGCUCAAGGCCAGGCAGGAGCUGAAGGCCCUCAAGAUCGAGGCCCGCUCGGCAGAGCACCUGAAGCGCCUCAACGUGGGCAUGGAGAACAAGGUGGUGCAGCUGCAGCGGAAGAUUGAUGACCAGAACAAAGAGUUCAAGACCCUGUCCGAGCACUUGUCCACUGUCACCUCCACACAUGCCAUGGAGGUGGAGAAGCUGAGGAAGGAGCUGGCGCAUUACCAGCAGAGCCACGGUGGGGAUGCCAACCUACAGCUGCAGGAGGAGGUAGAGAGGCUGCGCAGCGAGCUGCAGAGGGCCCACUCGGAGCACAGGGUCCUGGAGGACGCCCACAGCAGGGAGAAGGACAAGCUGAGACAGCGAGUGGCAGACCUGGAGCAAGAAAAUGCUCUCUUGAAAGAUGAAAAAGAGCAGCUUAACAACCAAAUCCUGUGCCAAUCUAAAGGUAAGUACCAAGGCGCUUGAGUUUUGGUUUGGGUUUUAAUAUCUUUUCCUCGCUGAUUUUCCCCCAGGACUC